AUGGCUCAUUAUUCAGUGAAGCAAGUUUAUGAGAAAAUGUUGGAUUUGAAACCUAGGGUGCAUUGGGAUAGAUUAGCUUGGAAUAGAUUGCUCACCCCUAAGCACAGAUUCAUCUGUUGGUUAGCUGCUCAAUGUAGGCUGCAGACUACAGCUAAAUUAGCUAGAAUUGGGAUUAGUCAAUCUGCUCUAUGCUUGAUUUGUGGGUUGCAGGAUGAAGAUCACAACCAUUUUUUCUUUCAGUGUCAGUUCAGCUAUCAGAUUAUGCAAGCAAUGCAGCAGUGGUUGGGUGUUCCUAUGGCUGGUACCUUGCAUCAGUUGGUAAGAAAGAUUGGUCAUAGCAGAGUUUCUAAGUUCAGAAAACAAGUUAUUUUUGCUGCUAUUGGUACUGCUGUGUACCUGGUUUGGAAGAGCAGGAAUGCAAGCUUCUGGGAUAAUCAAAUCCCCACUAUUAGUCACACUGUGAGCAGCUUGAAGCAAUUGGUUAAGGGCAGAAUUCAAGUAGUUUUGCCAAAAACUGUGAGCAAGAGAGAUUAUGAUUGGUUUAUAACCUUGUAA